CUCCCCUGCGCCUCCCAUGGGCAACUUUUUAUCCAGAUCCAUCGUUUCUGCACCGACCAUAUAAGACGCUCCGCUCCCCCAACUUCCCCCCGACAGGUUCGCCCCCAAAUUACGUGAGAAGGGAAAUCAUCACAGCACCACCAUGAAGAGCACCACCCUUCUCUCUUUGGCCUGGGCCGCCCAGUCCGCCUAUUCCCUCUCUAUCCAUGAGCGCGAUGAACCAUCUACGCUUCAGUUCAACUUUGAACGUCGUCAGAUCGCCGACCGGUCCCGCCGGAAGCGAUCGACGGCUUCGGCCGACCUUGUUAACCUGGCGACGAAUCUUGGCUACACGAUGAACCUCACCCUCGGCACUCCCGGCCAGGAAGUCAGUGUGACGUUGGACACCGGCAGCAGCGAUCUCUGGGUCAAUGGCGCCAACUCGUCCGCCUGCCCCUGUACCGAUUACGGCUCCUACAACACGAGCGCUUCUUCCACCUACACCUUCGUCAACGAUGACUUUUAUAUCGAGUAUGUCGACGGCAGCGAAGCCACGGGCGACUACGUCAACGAUACCCUGAAGUUUUCCAAUGUCACUCUGACGAACUUUCAAUUUGCCGUUGCAUAUGACGGCGACUCCGAGGAGGGCGUCCUCGGUAUCGGAUACGCCUCCAAUGAAGCCAGCGAGGCGGGCUACGGUGGUGGUGAAUACACCAACUUCCCUGAAGCCCUCGUCGACCAAGGCGUGAUCAACUGGCCGGCCUACAGUCUUUGGCUGGAUGACCUCGACGAAGGCAAAGGCACCAUCCUGUUCGGCGGAGUCAACACCGCCAAGUACUACGGCAGUCUGCAGACCCUGCCUAUCGUCUCCAUCGAAGACAUGUACAUCGAGUUCGCUGUCAACCUGACGGCCGUGCACCUCGAGAAGAACGGCAACUCCGUCUCGGUUAACAACAGCGCCACGCAGUUCCCCCUCCCCGCCGUGCUGGACAGUGGCACUGCCCUGACCUACAUCCCGACCUCCGCCGCAGCCAGCAUCUACGACGCCGUCGGUGCCACCUACAUGAGCGAGUAUGGUUACGGAGUGAUCGAGUGCUCCGUCAAGGACGAUGACUUUACCUUCCUCUUCGACUUUGGAUCCUUCAACAUGAGCGUUGACAUCAGCGAGAUGAUCCUCGAGACCAGUUCCGACAUGACCGACAUGAACAUCUGUACGUUCGGACUGUCAGUGAUCGAAGAUGAGGCCCUUCUCGGCGACACUUUCCUGCGCAGCGCAUACGUCGUCUACGAUCUCGGCAACAACGAGAUCUCCCUGGCCAAGGCCAACUUCGACCCCGGCGAGGACCACGUCGUGGAGAUCGGCACGGGAUCCGAUGCUGUGCCCAAGGCGACGGGAGCCACGGAAGCGGCCGCCACGUCGACGGGCUCGAGCGACAAGUCGGACAAGUCGGACAAGGAGAGUUCGGCUACAGUGCCGCGCAGCCAGAUUGCCUCGCUGGUGGCGGGAGUCUUGGUUGGCGUUUCCUUGAUUCUGUAAAUAUAGAGAUCUCACGUUGCAUCUUGAUGAUAUAUUAUAGACCUUCCUAAUUUUACCCCUUACUUCAUGGAAUGUUUUUCUGUUUUUAGCUUGAUAUCCCGUCGUUUGAUGCUCAGUUAUGGAAUUGAAUGAAACUCGGAAUGCAAGAUCUGAUCGAAUAGUUUGUUUCACUGCCGCGUGGCUGGUCCGAUCGGCACGAAGCCAGUCAAACGAGC